CGGAGAACUGGGGGGAUGCGCCCCGGCGACCGAGGGAGGAGGGAGCGGUGUGUGGAGGUUGCUCAGGGUGGAGGCCGCCCGAGGAGUCGGGGUGGGUCGUGGAAUGGGGUUCGCGCCCUACCUACCCCCCCCCCAAAAAAAGGGGGAUUGGCAGAAGGGAGCCCCGUGGAGCUAGAAAUAAACCUGAGCAGGGUGGAAGGAGCCUUCAACAACAAAAGCAAGAUGGCAGCAUGGAAUACAAAAGUCAUAAUUUCAAGAAACUCGAUGGCUUCUACAGGGAGCCAGUCCUCUGAUACAGAUAACAUUUUUGGAUUCCUCAGUGAUGGCGUACCCCCAACCAAGAAGCCCAGGAAACUGCUUCCAAGCUUAAAAAGUAAGAAGCCUCGGGAACUUGUGCUGGUGAUUGGAACGGGCAUUAGUGCUGCGGUCGCACCUCAGGUUCCAGCUCUGAAAUCCUGGAAGGGGUUAAUCCAGGCUCUACUGGAUGCUGCCAAUGAUUUUGAUCUUCUAGAAGAUGAGGAGAGCAAAAAAUUUCAGAAAUGUCUCCACGAAGAUAAGAAUCUUGUUCAUGUUGCCCAUGACCUUAUUCAGAAACUCUCCCCUCGUACUAGUAAUGUUCGAUCCACGUUUUUUAAGGACUGUUUAUAUGAAGUAUUCGAUGACUUGGAGUCAAAGAUUGAAGACUCUGGAAAACAGCUACUUCAGUCAGUUCUCCACCUGAUGGAGAAUGGAGCCCUGGUAUUGACUACAAAUUUCGACAACCUCCUGGAACUGUACGCAGCAGACCAGGGCAAACAGCUUGAAUCCCUUGACCUCACUGAUGAAAAAAAGGUCCUAGAGUGGGCUCAGGAGAAGCGGAAGCUGAGCGUGCUCCACAUCCAUGGGGUCUACACCAACCCUAGUGGCAUUGUCCUUCAUCCCGCUGGGUACCAGAACGUGCUCAGGAACACUGAAGUUAUGAGAGAGAUUCAGAAACUCUAUGAAAACAAGUCAUUUCUUUUCCUGGGUUGCGGCCAGACGGUGGACGACACCACUUUCCAAGCCCUUUUUCUGGAGGCUGUCAAGCAUAAAUCUGACUUAGAACAUUUCAUGCUGGUUCGGAAAGGAGAUAUAGACGAGUUCAUGAAGCUUCGAGAAAACAUGCUGGACAAAGGGAUCAAGGUCAUCUCCUAUGGAAAUGACUAUGCUGAUCUUCCAGAGUACUUCAAGCGGCUGACCUGUGAGAUAUCCACGCGGGGUAGGUCAGCAGGUGUGAUGAGAGAAGGUCACCUAAAUGGUUCAUCUGCAGCGCACAGUGAAAUAAGAGACCUCAGUACAUGAGGGCUACAGAAGUCACCGACAUUAGACCAAGCUGUUAGGCCCUGCCGUGGACGGUUUAACAGUAAACUUACAAGAACCCAAUACAACUCCGAAAAGAACCAAAACCCAGAAGUUGAAGGCUGGGGCUAUGUAGAGUGGUGGCGAACUUCCCACCUUCAUCCUUCGUGCCGACUGGUCUUUUGUUUUGUUGUUUUCCAGUUCUUGGUCUUAUAUGGCCUGUUCCAGUUUGAGAAUACCCAAGUGACAAUGGGACCCAGUGCAGCUCCCCACCCACCACUGGGCUGGACAUGCCUGUGUCUACACAGAUUGGGGUGGCGCCCACUGCGCAGGCUGCUGCCCUGCAUGGACUCGGACUGUGGUGCCGUGGACUCACCGUGGCCGCUGCAAUUUUGUACUCUAGACUUGGUUUUUCACUUAAGCUUAAUGGCUUUUUCUAAGACUUGAAGCUCUAGUUUUCUAGAUCUCUUACAGUGUACAGUAUUUUACAUACCUGAGCUGUAUUAAAAGCUUGUUCAUUUACUUCCCA